GGGGGGGGGGAAUAGCGCGGGAUUUGGCCUAAGUUCCGUUUGUUUCUUGAAUUUCCAACCACUUUGAUGCAGGCACGACAUUUGGACAAGUCAGACGAAUCAUCUAACUUGUCGGACGAUGAUUAUGUUCCUUAUAUACCAGUGAAGCAACGUAAACAACAGGAGCUUACUUCACUGCAGCGUGUAUUAGGUAAUCUUGCGUACACUGAAGUGCCUGAGGAGGAAUUAGACCAGGGUAAUACAGCAGAACAAGUUGAAGAUGAUCCGGAGGGUAUGACAAAAAAUUCAUCUGAUGACAAACAUCAUGGACCUAAUGCCCAGGGUAGUUUAUUUGAUAGAAUGUGGGAAUUAAAGCGAAAAGCUGAAGAAAGGAAGGAAACAGAACGGGAUAAAAAAUUAAAGGAAGAAGCUAAGAUUUUAGAAAGUGUUGCUGAAAAGACCGCUUUAAAAGGUGUUGCAGAACUAGCAAAAGGUAUCCAGUAUGAUAAACCAAUUCAAACCAGCUGGGUACCACCUGUAUAUAUCCGGGAACAAAGUGAAGAGAAAUCUGCAGAAAUCCGCAAAAAGUUUCGAAUUUUAACUGAAGGUGAUGAUGUACCUGCUCCUAUUCGACAUUUUAGUGAAAUGUGUUUUCCAAAGGCUUUAAUUGAUUUACUAAAACUACGUGGAAUAACAAAACCUACACCGAUUCAAAUGCAAGGUUUACCAGCUGUAUUAAGUGGUCGAGAUAUGAUUGGAAUUGCAUUCACCGGCUCCGGAAAAACAAUGGUGUUCUCAAUACCAGUUAUAUUAUUUUCCAUGGAUCAAGAACAGAAAAUUCCAUUUAUUCAAAAUGAAGGACCUUAUGGUUUAGUUUUAGGUCCAUCUCGUGAAUUAGCUCGACAAACACAUGAAGUAAUCUGUAGCCUUAUUGAUGGUUUAGUCAAAGCUGGUUUCCCGUCUAUUCGUUGUUGCUUAUGUAUUGGUGGCAUGGCUGUUAAAGAACAAGCAGAUAUUGUUAAAAGAUCUGGUGUUCAUAUUUUGGUUGCUACACCAGGUCGUUUAAUAGAUUUACUUCAACGUAAAAUGAUUAAUUUGGAAGUAUGUCGUUAUCUUGUUUUGGAUGAAGCUGACAGAAUGAUUGAUAUGGGUUUUGAAGAAGAAGUCCGAACUAUAUUCUCCUAUUUUAAGGGACAACGUCAAACACUUUUGUUCUCUGCUACUAUGCCGAAAAAAAUACAAAAUUUCGCUAAAUCAGCCUUGGUGAAACCCGUCACUGUUAAUGUUGGUCGAGCUGGAGCAGCUAGUAUGAAUGUCACUCAGGAAGUAGAAUAUGUGAAACAUGAAGCGAAAAUUCCCCAUUUACUUGAUGCUUUACAAAAAACUCCACCUCCUGUUAUUAUAUUUGCUGAGCGUAAACAAGAUGUGGAUGCUAUACAUGAAUAUCUUCUUUUGAAAGGUGUUGAAGCAGUUAGUAUUCAUGGUGGAAAAGAUCAAGAUGAACGUGUAUCAGCUGUUACAGAGUUUAGAGCUCAUCAUCGUGAUGUCUUAGUUGCUACAGAUGUGGCUAGUAAAGGUUUGGAUUUUCCAGAAAUUAAUCACGUGGUCAACUAUGAUAUGCCUGAAGAUAUUGAAAAUUAUGUACAUCGCAUCGGUCGUACUGGUCGUGGUCAUCAACGUGGGUUAGCCACAACAUUUAUCAACAAAUCAGUGGAUGAAUCCACUUUAUUAGAUUUAAAGCAUUUACUCAUAGAGGCUAAUCAACCUGUGCCAGAAUUUCUUGUUGAAUUGGCAUCAGCUACUGAAGUUGAACUUGAAAUGGGUGGUGAAGUUGGCUGUGCAUAUUGUGGUGGUUUAGGUCAUCGUAUAACACAUUGUCCAAAAUUAGAAGCAAUGCAGAAUAAAGCUGCUAUUAAUCUGGGUCGUAAAGAUUUCUUGUCUUCUGCAGAUUAUUAACAAAUUAUCAUUAUUAUCAUUAUCAUCUGAUAAGCUGAAUACAGCCAAACAUUUGAUAGUUACUGUAAAUAAUUCAUAAAUUUAAUUUGUAAAUAAAAUCUUCAAUUGACGUUCAUGCUUUUUCUUUUUCCUUGUCUUGGUUCAAAAGCUUAAAUUUCAAGUUUGUUUUUCUUCAAAAUCAUGAAAGAAAUUGUCUCAAGUUUAAUAUACUGUUAUAUUACUGCAUAUACUAUAUUUAAUCAUAUCUAAAUACUGUGAUUCACGAAUGAAAGUUCAUUUUUGGUCUGUAAAUUGUCAGAAUAGUUUCUUUGUAAAUAUUUUCUCGGUUCACAUUUAGUUGUACUGUAUACACAUGUUUUUUACUACUUAGAAACCAAUAAUUCUAAAAUAAAUCGAAUGAACUUCGAUCUGAGAAGAUGGGAUUUACUGAUUUAGUCACCAUACUUUACUGAAUUCUUUACUUUCCCUUGGCAAUUUUACUCAACCACUUGGGUUCAAUUCCCGUUAGUUCGAUGAAUGGGCACGAUAUGAAUCAUGACGAGAUAAAACUCCAGUCUUAUGCCUCCUGUUUUUUAUUUGUUUUGAUAUAUUUCGUGAAAUUAGUUAGUAUUGUGGUGAACGAGAACACAAGUGGGGACAAUCGAAUGUAUUUGAAUAUAAAAUUACAGAACAUCUUAGUAAAAUCUGAGAACCAUACAGUAUAUAAUUGAUUUGCAAAAUGUCAAUCAGUCGUCUCAGACUUCAUAAUAAUUUUUUAUUUCCCAACUAAUCAUUCUCUGUUCUCGUUCUCUUUCCUUUAAUCUUCUUGACCUUCUGCCACCAGACAUUUCACUUUUGAUUAAUGAUACAUACUACUUAUAUCUGUCGACAUCAGUAGCACAACAAAGUAUGUUCCCUGAUUUGCAUCGAUUCUUCAACUGAUUACUAUCAAAAGUAAGAAUUAUUUUCAAGCUGUACAAAUCCCUACAAACUGUUAGUUUGUGUUAAUUGACUGAAGAGAAUGAGCAACAAAAAAAAACAAUUGAUUCCUUAUAAAAACCUAUAGCAUUUAUUUUUUCCACUAAUAUUUUGUAUGUAUGUUAUUUUAUUGAAAGAAAACUUGUUCCACUGGGGAACGAUAUUAUUUUCUAUUAUCAGUUCAUUCGAGGGCUUAAAUUAAUAAUUCAGUCUUGUGAGCAGCAAUUGUUCGGCCACAGUACAUCUCAUAGUAUAUCAUCUAUUGACCAGUAUUGUUUUCUUUCAUUUUAACAAUCGGAAAUUUGCUCAAAGAAAUUCAACUCUAUAAAAUAAAUCAAUUAAAAUAGAUAAAAUAAAUUAUAUUUUGGUAAACUAAUGAACAUUCAGUUAAAUAAUAACUUACAAAUGAUUUUAAUAUGAACUUUACUGAAGUUUUUUCCAUUAAUAUGAAAUUUGUUGUUUUGUUUCAAUGUUCCAAGUAAAGUUCCAUCAGAUAGUUGUGUUGCUUUAAUUGAAUCAUAAACUAUAUCGGUCAC